AACUCAGUCAGUCAUCAAAUUAUGUGAAACCAGUCGGGUCCAUUUUUUUGUCUAGCAAAACACAGAAGCACACAAAUUUUCGACCUGCAAAAUGGAAGAGACUGAAAUUUUGGAAAAUCAAAAUAUAACACAAGCAGUCAAGAUGAAACCAGCAAGUGCACAGGGUGAACACAAGGAGGAGUAUUUGUUGAAUGUUUCAGAUUCUGAGGACUCACUUAAACAGAAAAAUUUAAGUGUGGUCAAGAAUCCUAAGAAGCAAUCACAAAUGGAAAACUUGGAACCAAUCCAAGGAAAGGAAGAAUCUCUGGUUGAAACACACAACCGUACAGAAGUAAAGGAGAACACGAAGAUCGAGUCUAAGGAAACGGAUAAAAGCUUUCCAAAGGAUUCAAGGGAACUCAAUCUAGAAGAAACAAAGACGGAAGUACCUGGAACCAAGGAUAAACCUAACAUUAUUAACAAAGCUUCUACCAAAAGUAUUCCGAAGAAACCCAAGGUACAUAGUCAAGAAAAGUUGAAUGAUGCCGCGACGAAUAGAAAACUAAAGAUUGAAGAAAAGCCCCAAAUAGCCAGCGAGUUCCUUGUACAAGAAUCACAGAAUAAUGGCAAAGAAAAAACUAAGGAAGACAAGCAAAAUCACAACAAAGGAAAUGAGGAAAGCGAGGAAAUUCCAAGGAGUAUUCCGGAAAAGCCUGAAAAAAGAUCCCUUAACGAAACGAAGGAUCUCGCCACCUCAAAGGAACAGGACACUAUUUCGAAGUCUGAGCCCAUUUCACAAAACUUAAGUAACGAAGAACCACAUCAUGCGAUAGCAAGCACUUCUUUGGCGUCUCAGGAGAAAGUGGAAAAGGCGAAGGAAGUUAAGAAUGCACCGAACUCGAUAAGAACUGCUGAAAAGCCUGCCAGAAAGGAAACCAGGACCCAGGCAAGGGACAAAAUCAAACAGGAUAUGGAAGAAUAUUUCAGUGGUAUCCAGGCCCUAGAGGUAAAGAAGAAAGUAACCGACGAGAUGAACGCAAAGGAAGCCGAAGCCAUUCUAAAGGAGGAGCAGCGAAGGAAAACCUGGAAGGAAAUGGUCUCGGAGGUCGGUAAAGCCACUUCCCUAUCCACUUCCACUCACAGCACUGCGUCGGGAAGACCGCCCCGAUCCGUGGUCGUGGCCAUCCUGCAGCGCACUGCCAAGGCCGAGUACAAGAGGAAAAUGACCAUCCUCAGGGAAAACUACAACUAUCGCCUGGGGCUUAUCAAACAGCUCAAACACGACAUGAAAAACAACUUUAAAAGCGAGGCCCAGCAACUCUAUUGCAACUACCACUCCAUCAAGAACCAGACUCAGAAUCAGCCCACUUUAAGCGAUAUGCAUACGGUUUACUCCAUGCCGAGCACUAGCCAAGAUGUCUAGAUAGGAAUAUUAAGGAUAAUAGCUCUUACACCUCUACUAUUCGCCAUCUUUAAGUAUCCAGGUAUAUGGAAAGCACUAGAAAGGUGUAACCAGCAGCCGAAAUUAGGAUAGGGGCCAUGUAUCUUGUACUAUACCAUACUACACUAGACAUACUAUUCAUGGCAAAUCUUCAAGGACUCAGGACCUCAAAAUCAAAGCAUGUUUUUAAAUACCUUAAUCCGUUCGGAUCCAUGCACGCUAUACCUUCCAUCACUAAUCCUCAAAAGUGGCGCAUACAAAGGACUUCAAGGUACUUUGAGAGCUGUACCUAGAACCAGGGCCCCGAAACCAACACAACCAAAGUGGAGCUUCCUGCCGAAAGCGGGAUAUUAUGGGACUGUACCUCUUGCAUUCACUCUGUGCACUUGCUUCUUUGCAUCUUGAAGAAGUGCCUCUGUAUUUCAUUAAAAGUGUUUUAAUGGUACAGUCACCGCUCGCUCUGCACGCCCCUCGGUAUGCAACAGUUUUGUUGAAUACCCAGCCACCUUAAAUUUGCGCCACUUCUGUUUUGCAUGUCGAAAUAAAACAGCUCACAGCAAAGACAAUGAAAAUUGACCCAAA